ACUUUCCAGAACUACCCUCUAACUGAGGUUUUGGUCUUGUUGGGUUUUACAACACUCUCUGCAACUCACUCACCACACACAGCAGAGAAGAAAGCAAGCAACAAUGGAGUUCGAGAAGAGAAAAGCAUCCAGUCUAGCCUCACUGUACUCAACGGAAACCGACAAAUCACCGAAGGGAACGUUGGACACACCCAUCAUCCCUCUCAUCAACACUCUCAACCAAAACCCUUCUUUCUUCACAACCAGUUCCUGCUCCGGCCGAAUCUCCAUCCUCUCUCAACCCCUUCUUUCACCACUUUCUCCAUCCCCCAAGAAGAAAGCCAGAGGCGGCUCCUGGCUCCUCGUUUCCCACGAACCCGCCGAUCCCGACGCCGUCGCCGCCCUACUCUUCCCCACCCCCACCUUAUCCGAGUCAACUCAGUCUGAACUCGUCUUCAGAUUCGAGCCCCUCAUCAUCGCCGUCGAGUGCAGAGACCUUGCUUCCGCUCACUCGCUUGUUUCCCUCGCUAUUUCCUCCGGUUUCAGAGAGUCCGGCAUCACCAAUGCUAACAAGCGGGUUAUCAUUGCCAUUCGCUGUUCCAUUCGAAUGGAGGUACCGUUGGGAGACACGCAUAACCUCAUGGUCACCCCUGAGUAUGUUCGUUAUCUUGUUCGCGUCGCAAAUGAUAAAAUGGAAGCUAAUAGGAAAAGAACUGAGAGGUUUCAUGCAUUGUUGCUGCAGUCUAACUCUAAUGGAUCCCAGUUAUUGCCUGUCAACAACGCGGCGGGGCUUGUUUGUGAUCAUCUUCAACUUGAUGAUGAAUCUCAGUUAGCAAAUGGGAAUGCCGAAACCAAUUCAGGGUUUGUGAGUUCUCCUGGUUCUAGUCUCAGUCUGUCAAUUUCCCAUAUUGAAAUUGUUGGUGAACCAGUAGAGAAACUUUUCCUUUGGGGCCACUCAGCCUGUGCUUUGGAUAAUGCCGAUCACAAGAAAGUCAUUGUGUAUGGUGGCUUUGGAGGGCCAGGGAGACAUGCCAGAAGAAAUGAUUUAUUGCUGCUUGAUCCAUAUUCUGGUAAUCUUGAAACGAUCAACAUAUUUGACGGCAAGUCUCCAUCUCCGCGCUUAGGCCAUACAGCUUCCUUGGUUGGAGAUCGCAUGUUUGUGAUUGGUGGUCGAACUGGUCCUGAUAAAAUUCUGAGUGAUGUAUGGAUCUUUGACACAACUAAGAAUCAUUGGAAGUUACAGCAAUGUGGUGGCAGUGUCUUUCCUCCCAGGCAUCGCCAUGCUGCAGCUGUAUUUGGUUCAAACAUUUAUGUAUUUGGAGGACUUGAUAAUGAUGUUAUCUUUUCCUCCUUCUACAUUCUUGACACAACCAAUUCACUCUGGAAAGAAAUACCAAUUUCCGGGGACUGGCCACGGGCACGUCACUCUCAUGCAAUGGUGGCAUCUGAUUCUCAAAUUUUUAUUUUUGGUGGAUACAAUGGUGGGAAAACACUUGGGGAUUUGUAUAGCUUUGAUGUUCAGAAGGGUCAAUGGAAAAAGGAAAAGACAGCUGGAAGGAAUCCACAUGCUAGGUUCUCCCAUUCAGUUUUUGUCUAUAAGAAUUAUCUUGGAGUUCUUGGUGGUUGUCCACUGAGACAACAUUAUCAAGAGUUGGCUUUACUUGAUUUGAAGCUUCGUAUGUGGAGGCAUGUUACCCUUAAUUCUGUAGGUAAAGAUUUAUUUGUGCGUAGUACAGCCAAUGUUGUUGGUGAUGAUCUAGUUAUAGUCGGUGGUGGUGCAGCAUGCUAUGCAUUUGGAACCAAGUUCAGUGAGCCGGCAAAAGUCAGCUUGCUCCAUUUAAUGCAAUCACAUGACGAUGACCUUGUGGCUGUCAAAAAUCAAAGAAAGCAUAUGAUUAACCAAAAUAAAGGAAUGGGCGGGAAUAAGAUUGAAAACUCUCAAGAACCCCAACUUGAACAUGCACCAAAUAUAUCUGAAGAUGAGAUUUUAUAUUUUAAUGAUAGCGUAACUGGCUCCAAUGACCAAAAUCAGAUGAUUCCAUUGCAUUAUGUUCUUUGUCUAGAAAAUAAAUAUGCAAAAUUGGGAAAGGAUAUGUUGAAGAAAUUUGGAUGGUUAGACUUAGGGAGGAAGGCAUACUCUGAAGAAGGUGGAGCACGUAUCUGUUUUCCAGUUCUUCAAGAAUUUUUUGCUGUAUUUCAUGGUAGUAAUCGUCAUUCAGGAGAUGAAAUUGGUGGAAACAAUGAAAUUCCGUUUUCUAAGUUGAAUGAGUUAUCCUGUUCUAGAGCGUUGACCCUUCUCCAUGAAUAUGGUGCCGUUCUGCUAGCAGACAAAGUUGUCGAGUCCAAAAAAUCUGUGAAGUCUCCUUUGAAAGUGAUGACUGAAGCAGUAACAUUGUUGAUUGAGAAUCACGGCCUACCAACAUGGCUUCUAGAGGAACUGCCAACAAGGUGGGAUCGACUUGGAGAUAUUGUUGUACUUCCAACUACUAGUUUUAAGAAUUCCUUGUGGGACUCUAUCGGAGAAGAGCUCUGGCCCAUUGUUUCCAAAUCACUUAAGGCCCAUCGUCUUGCUCGCCAAGGCCCAGUUGCUGCAACUGGAACAAGAGAUAGCACGUUACAGAUUCUCAUUGGAGAAAAUGGCUGGGUCAAUCAUCGAGAAAAUGGAAUUCUCUAUUCUUUUGAUGCUACGAAAUGCAUGUUUUCAUGGGGCAAUCUUUCUGAGAAGCUCCGGAUGGGCAGGCAGGAUUGUAAGGAUGAGGUUAUAGUAGAUCUGUUUGCGGGCAUUGGCUACUUCGUGCUGCCUUUUCUUGUUAGGGCCCAGGCAAAACUUGUAUAUGCUUGUGAGUGGAAUCCCCAUGCCAUAGAAGCACUCCAACAUAAUUUAAAAGCAAAUUCUGUUGCUGACCGUUGUAUCAUACUUGAAGGAGAUAAUCGAAAUACAGCUCCCAAGGGUGUGGCCGAUAGAGUCUGUCUUGGUCUCAUUCCAUCCAGUGAAUGUAGCUGGGUCACAGCUGUGAGGGCUCUAAGGAGAGAGGGUGGGAUGUUAUAUGUCCAUGGGAAUGUAAAGGAUUCAGAGGAGUGUCAGUGGACUGAUCAUGUUUCAAAGUCUAUAGAUGAAAUUGCUACAUCUGAAGGUUAUUGUUGGGAGGUUUCUAUAGAACAUGUUGAGAGGGUUAAAUGGUAUGCUCCACACAUUCGCCAUGUGGUCGCUGAUGUAAGAUGCAGACAGAUCCAAAGAUAAAAAAUGGGCUUUGCAUUUGAGGUUUAAAAUUGGCUUCAGAGUUGCAUUAGGCAUCUUAUCAUGGCGUGUUUGGUUCUGCGGUGGGAAUUUUCAUAAUCACUUAUGGAGAGAAGCUACAAAGUGUAACUUAAUGAGCUAAUGUGUUUCACUGUUUUGGAUUUUAUGCCAUCAGCAAUCCAAACAUGCUAUUGAAAUGCCAAGAUUCAAUUUGAUAUGGUGGCAUUUAGAAAUUCAGAAAAUUUGGUCCAAUUGGGUCACUGCUAAAUAUUGCCAAUAGGAGAGGUGGUGAACUGAAGAAGGUGAUAGUUAUUGCUUGUAAGUUACUAGUAGUAACAAACAUUAUAUUGGCAAACAAACAUUUUCUAUCAUUCCAAGUGCUUCAUGUUACCUGUAUUCAUGGUGUCAUGAUUGAGUGAUGUAUGUUUAGGAAUUGAUAAUCUUUUUUUUUUUUUUCUUGGUCGAUGAAUUGAUGAUCUUAUUCUUAUCCAUCGAAAAAAGUGGAAGACAGGCUUGUGAAAAGGGAAACUUUUGUAACACGAAACAAAAGUUAUGCUGGCCAUUUCUUUUUCCUUUUUUCCUACUAUUUAUAUACUGACUUUUUAUUUCCGAAAA